CGGCAGUUGCGCCGUGCGAGAAGAAAAAUAAAACCCCUCCGCUGACAGGCGAGAUUGACAGUUGACGCCAAGAAUGAACCCAAUUUGCCGGCUUGGUGCCAAACAUAUUUUGCGGAAAACUAUUCCCGGAAACGUCGUUAGCAGAACCUUUGCCAAAAUGGUCGACGCCAAGCUGGAUGCCGUGCCGGUCGUGGACAUAGACGAGGGCAUCUUCAAGUACGUGCUGAUCAAAGUAUACGGCCAGGAGCAGACGGACGGCACCACACCGUCCAAGCUGAUCGUGCGCGGCUUCAACCGGGCCCAGUGGCAUUCGGACAUCUACGACGAGGUCAGCUCGGCCCUGCUCGGACUCGGGCUCGAGACGGAGUGUCUUGGUGGUGGGCGAAUCGAGAACCGGUCCGACCUGAAGCAGAUCAAAGUGUACGGGUACUCGCAGGGGUACGGCAAGGCGGACCACAUCGAAACGCGCAUGCUACUGCUGACCAAGUACCCGGACCACAACAUAACCUGCUCCGAUGAAGGAUACUGAAGAACGGAGGAGGAGGGGAGGGUGGAAACCACACACCUUGUGAGCUUUAUAUUUAUAUGCAAAAAGUUUUGGAACUGAAUACACGUAAUGAACUUGUCCGUAGUAGCUGAGACGAAA